GACAUUCGUUCCGACCCAAUCAAGCUUCAGCACAUGUAAAGAGAGCAGCUGAAAUACAUGCGAACCUAAGCGCUUGUGCAAUUGACGAGAGAAGCUUAGAGCUAGCAUCCACCAACGUUGCAAACGCCGUCUCAUCAAACACUGCCUGUCCCCGCAGCCACGAAACACACCCCGAUUACCAUCCUCAGCAUGAAGUACCUCUCAAAUCCCCUCUUCUUCUUAGCCACCGCAGCUUUUAGCCUCGCCCAAGCCCCUCCAAGCCCAGAGUUCAACUGGAUACUCUCCGCAAACGUAACUCCGGGUACCCCAAUCAUCAUAGGCCCCGUCCCCGGACUCGGCAUACGCACCGCGCUUCCCAUCGCCGGUGGCAUCUUCUGGGGCCCCUUCUUCAACGGAACUCUCGCACCCGUUGGCGUAGACGCCGGUAUAGUGACUUCCGACGGCAAGUUUUACCCCGGCGGCACUGCGAUUUUGCAGACAAAUGAUGGGGCGAAUAUCAUUUUUCGCGAUAAUGGAUAUCAAACUGGAGAUACGAUCUAUGGGGCUGUGACUUUUGAGACGGGGGCAGUGGGGUUGGAGUGGUUGAAUAAGCUUGUGCUUGUUAGUUCGGCGAGCUUUGCGGAUGGGGCAGGGUCGGGGGUUACGUUGAAUAUUUUUGCUGCUGGACCGAUUCCUGAGGGGGCGAAGAAAAGUCGUUGAAUGUGGGGAUGGGGUGGAUACGGUAGACAAAUGGAUGAAAGACCGAGGGAGAGUUGGACAACCUGUGACAUUUGAGGAAAGCUAUCUAGAUCUGUAUAAUGCAAGAAUCAUCAAGUCUCCAUGAUAUAAGCCCCCAUAUGCAUGAUAUGAAUAUCCCUAUCAUUGCCCUGAGUCCCACGUACCACAAAUGCCUACUCCAUCCUAACGAAACUCACUGGUCGGCCUCAAACCUAACCCACUCUUCUCAUAAGCCAUAUCAACCAUCCUCAUCUGCUUGGUCGAAUCCUCUCCCGUGACCCAAUACGGUACUCCCCUCCCUUUUACACGAUCCACAAACGCCUCAAGCUGAUACCGAUAUGACAUCCACCAAUCCUCGCCCUGUCGCUCAGCCUGAUCCCCACCCGCUUCCCUAUGAGUAUAAGCCUUGUGCAACUUCUCUUCCUUCCACCUCUUCACCACC